GGUGGAGGCCGAGGAGCUGGAGGCGGCGGGCGGCGCCGGGGCGCCGCUGGGGGCGGCGGGAGGCAAGGACGCCGUGUCGGCGCAGGAGCGCGCGUGGCGAGAGCAGGCGUCCGACUACGAGACGCGCUUCUGCGGCCACUGCAACACCACCACCGACAUCAAGGAGGCCAACUUCUUCGGCAGCCAGGGGCAGUUCGUGGUGGCGGGGUCGGACGACGGGUCGUUCUUCGUGUGGGACCGCCGCACCACCAACAUCCGGCGCGUGCUGCGCGGCGACGAGUCCAUCGUGAACUGCCUGCAGCCGCACCCGUCGGCUUGCCUGCUGGCCACCAGCGGCAUCGACCCCGUCGUGCGCCUCUGGAGCCCGCGCCCCGAGGACGGGUCGAAGAACGAGCGCGAGGUGAUGGACCUGGACGACGCGGCGUCGGCCAACCAGCGCCGCAUGAACGCAGACCCCUUCGAGGUGAUGCUCAUGAACAUGGGCUACCGCAUCACGCCAGUGCAGGGCGAGGACGGCGACGGCGGCGGUGGCGGCGGCGGCGACGAGGCGCGAGACACGCCCGCCAUCAACUGCCGCCCCAGUUAGCCCCUCGCCCCCCUCCACCCCGCCCCCCGCCCCCACACGUCCCGACGUUCCUCCGUUGCUCGCUCCUCAAAUUUACAGCAGUUCUCUCUUAGGCUUCUCACCAUAGUUACUUUCACACACGUUCGUUAUAUCACCUAUCAAACUUUGAAGAUUUGAAUAAAAAAUUACUUAACUGUUAUGCAAGUAACGUAGUAUGCUGGAAUUCUCCUUCAUGCAAUGCAAUGCUAAAAGCAAUAUUUUUUUCUUUUGUAUAAUAUACAGCGUGCAAUAUAUAUUUUUUCGUUUGAAUGUUACUUUUCUAUGGUGUCGUGUGGAAAAGUCAGUCAUGAAAUGCGAAUUUUAUAAUGUAAUAUAUUAUUUUAUACAAAAUGUAUUUAUGUCAUUUGUCAGAAAAUAAAAUACAAUGCGUUUCUAAUAC